UAUAAAUAUUUAAGCAUCUGGUUUUCUCUGUUUCACUUUCACAUGCACUUGUUUUUUCAAUAAAGUGAAUAUCAUCAUAAUAAACACAAAAAUCUAUAGAAUAGAGAAAUUAAUAAUUAGCUAUGCAUACCAUUACAACAAAGUUCAACAAUGAAGAAGAAAUUGAGUUAAGAAGAGGGCCUUGGACUCUUGAAGAAGACACUCUUCUCAUUCAUUAUAUUUCUCUUCAUGGCGAAGGCCAUUGGAACUUGCUCGCUAAACGAGCAGGGUUGAAGAGAACUGGAAAAAGUUGUAGAUUGAGAUGGUUGAAUUACUUAAAACCCGACAUUAAACGUGGUAACCUAACUCCACAAGAACAACUCUUGAUCCUUGAACUUCAUUCCAAGUGGGGCAAUAGAUGGUCAAGAAUUGCUCAACAUCUUCCUGGAAGAACAGAUAAUGAAAUAAAGAAUUAUUGGAGAACAAGGGUUCAAAAGCAAGCAAGACAACUUAAUAUUGAGUCAAAUAGUAAGAAAUUUAUUGAAGCUGUUCGUGGUUUUUGGGUACCUAGAUUACUUCAAAAGAUGGAGCAAAACACUACUAAUUAUUUAAUUAAUACUAAUUGUGAUCAUUCUUUAAUGACCACAAUCCAAAAUGGUCAAAAUUCCAAUUCAGGUUCACUUCUACUUCCUUAUAAUUAUACUACUCACGAGUCGUCGUCAUCAUCGUCGUUAUCAUCAUCAACAACAACAUCAGCAGAGAAUAAGGCCAUCGAAACGACGACACCGUUUGAUUUGGGCUCAAAUGCCCAAAUCGUCAACACAACAAGAAGUGAUGAUCAAGAAGAGCAACAACAACUACUCAAAACGACAACUUCUUCUUUAAUAAACGACAAUGGUAAUAAUUUAUUGUUAUUGGAUGAUCAAAAUUGUUGUGUUGAUCAUGAUAUUAUGAUGAGUAGCUAUGGGAUUGAGAGUCUAAAUUUGGACCCCCUUUUGGAAAUUGAAGCAUUUGACAUUUUGGAACCCGAGUGCCAGAUGGCGGCCGGUGAUUGGGUGAUGAAUGACAACAUGGGAGAUGCUCUAUUAUGGAAUAUGGGAGAAAUGUGAUGGAGAUUUAUUAGUUGAUUUAAUUUAAAGGUAUAUAUAGGUAGCUAGAUGGGUAUCUAGGAUGGUGGUGUGGGUGUGGUAUUGUUUAUAUAAUUGUGGGAAAUAUUCAAUACUCAAAAAGUAUAUUUACAUAUAUAUAUUUACUAUAUAUGAUUAUUAUAUUAAGUGUAAUUAAGCACAUGCAUGUCAUUUUAUUUUCUAUGUAUAUAUGAUAUAUCUAGUGAGUACCCUGUUGUGUAAUUGGAAUUUAUUGUAGGAAAUAUAUUGUUUUUCUAUAUGACUCCAAUUCAUAAUAUAAUGAUAACUUGUGUAGUACAUAUUCAUAUAAAGGGAUACUAUUUUGUUCCGUGA